GAGCAUGCCAACAACUACCCCGAGAUUGCUGCCAAGGACAAACUGACCGAGCUCCAGCUCCGAGCCCGCCAGCUGCUUGAUCAGGUGGAACAACAGAAGGAGCAGGAUUACCAGAGGUAUCGCGAAGAGCGCUUCCGUCUUACCAGCGAGAGCACCAACCAGAGGGUCCUGUGGUGGUCUAUUGCUCAGACGGUCAUCCUCAUCCUCACUGGUAUCUGGCAGAUGCGUCACCUCAAAAGCUUCUUUGAGGCCAAGAAGCUGGUGUAGUAUCCGCUCCAUAUGAUCCCUCCCCAUCACCUCAAUUAUCUGGUACUUUCCCCACCCACUACCUUAUCCAUCUGGAUUUUGAGGGAAAAAAAUGAAAAAAGAAUACAAGCCACGUUGGUUCCAUGGCAACAAAGCACUCACAUCAGCCACUCGCUCACACUGGUUCUCAAGGACCCAGGACAUUGGUCUGAGUUUUCAAAGGUCUGUUUUGGGGUUUGUGCAGAGUCGAAACUGACCCAAGACGAAGUCUUGCUUCUUUCACUUCCAGUGAUUCCCCUCUAUCCUGUCACAAAAAGAGCAAGGGAAAAAAAACCUCUGCUAUUCCUUUAA